GAUGUGUCGAGACACCACCGAGUCCAUCGGCGAACCGAACAAGGCACGUUCCCCACCACAGAAACAAGAAAGCGGAAACCCCACACCGCUGCCGCUGCGAAGGAGAACCGAGGAGAAAGAUCCGGACGAUACGAGCUCAGCAGCUCCCGUCGCAUCGCAUCGCAUCGCCCCGGCGACACCCGCCCGCUGCUUCCCUCGUCCUCAGCUCUCCCGAAUCGCCGCCGGCCGAGAGGCCAUUGGAUUCGUGGCGUUGGCGAGCGUGGUCGCAAGGAGAGGAGGGGCGGCGGCGGCGGCGGCGGCGACUGUUCGCGGGAUGAGCUUCGGCGGCGCCAGCUCCGUCGCGGCCGGUGGGAAGCGGCCGUUCGAGUACGGGAGGACGCAUGUGGUGAGGCCCAAGGGCGCGCACAAGGCCACCAUCGUCUGGCUCCACGGCCUCGGCGACAAUGGAGCCAGCUGGUCUCAACUGUUGGAAACUCUUCCCCUUCCUAAUAUAAAAUGGAUUUGCCCAACUGCACCUACGAGGCCUGUGGCAAUUUUUGGUGGAUUCCCAUCUACUGCAUGGUUUGAUGUUGCUGAUCUUUCAGAAGAUUCUCCUGAUGAUGUUGAGGGGCUGGAUUCCUCAGCUGCACAUGUUGCAAAUUUAUUGUCUACCGAACCUGCAGACAUCAAGCUUGGCGUUGGUGGCUUUAGUAUGGGUGCUGCUACUGCGCUUUACUCUGGUACUUGCUUUGCUCAUGGAAAAUAUGGAAAUGGCAAUCCAUACCCUGUGAACCUAAGUGUGGCUGUUGGUCUCAGUGGCUGGCUCCCAUGUGCCAGGUCAUUGAAGAACAAAAUUGAGAGCUCACAGGAGGCUGCACAGAAGGCUUCAUCAUUACCCCUUAUGCUUUGUCAUGGAAAAGCUGAUGAUGUGGUCCUCUACAAACAUGGAGAGAGAUCUGCUGAUGCACUUAAGUCAACCGGGUUUGCAAAUGUGGAAUUCAAGUCCUACAGCAGACUCGGGCACUAUACCGUUCCAGAGGAGAUGGACGAAGUCGUCAAGUGGCUU